GUCGACUUCGCGGUGUGUUUCUCUUCGCUGCUCCGCUGAAAAAAACAAAUUCCCGCAAAAUAUCAACAAAAACAUGAGCAAAACAUUCGCAACGAUUCCAAAACAAAUCAAUUAUUUUUGGUGAUUCGCCGGACAAUUUAGUGUUAGUGAUUAAAACUAAAAUAUUGUUUUGCGUGUGUACCGUUAACCGCUUGCAGGGGGCAAAAGAAAAAAACGCGCGCGUUUUGAAUUCGCUGUCUUUCCAAUUUUUUUUAUGUUACAAAACAAAUAUAAAUGAAACAACAAAUAAUGGCAAGCCAGAAUUUAAAUGAAUGAAUGAAUUUUUUGUGGACAAAAAAACGGCUGCGUGUGCAAUUCGAUUCGAAUAACAAAACAAAAAGCAUAAAGGAAAAGUAAAAGAAAUUGGGGGAAAAGAAGCCCAAAAAAAGCAAAGAUAACGCGAAAAGUCAUAAAGAAAAGCCUGGCAACUGGCCAAGAAGGAGAAGCUGUGCGAUAGAAUCACUAGAAUAAGUGCCGCAGCCAGUUGCACCAACAGAGGCAACACCAAAAGAGGCACCACCAUCAGGGGCAGCAGCAGGCGCGGCACCACCAUGCUGCCGCAACAGUACUGCCUGAGGUGGAAGUACCACCAUAGCAAUCUGCAGACCAUGUUCUCCCAGCUCCUGGAUCGCGGUUGCUUCUGCGAUGUGACUUUGGCCUGCGAGGGCCAACUCAUACGCGCCCAUCGCGUCGUCCUGUGCGCCUGCAGCACCUUCUUCGAUGCCGUGCUCUCGAAUUACGCCAGCGAACGCGAUCCGAUCAUCAUCAUGAAGGAUGUCACCUUUGCGGAGGUCAAGUGCCUCAUCGAGUUCAUGUACAAGGGCGAGAUCAACGUGGAGCAUGCCAGCCUACCCUCGCUGCUGAAGACCGCGGAUGACCUGAAGAUCAAGGGCCUGGCCGAGGUGACCUGGCGCGAUGACGAGGACGGACCACCGCCACCGAUGGCCGCCGCCGAGUUUCACUCACCGCCGCGCAGUUUGGCCGAGAGCUACGCCCAGGACCUAAUCCUCCAGCACCAGCAGCAGCAGCAGCAGCAGACACCAGCUGCUCCGCCCUUGCAUUUGCACAGCUCUGCGCUUUUGGACAGAGAUCGGGAGCGGGAGCGGGAGCGUCUAUCGUCGCCGGGCAUGGAGAGUGUACUGGGUCGCAUGCCCGUGAUGACGCCGCUGCCGGGCGCUUCAACUUCAGCUUCGGGUUCGGGUACGGUUUCGGGUGGAGUGGGUGCGGUAACCGGUGGCACCGCCCUCGAGGGUGUCGCACCCGUGGAACACUUUCUGGGUCCCAAGCGCAAGCGUGGUCGUCCGCCACUAGACGAUGCCUACGAUGUUUUCAAUGUACGCAAGCUGGCCCAGUAUGCCGCCAAUCUGGAGCCCGCCCAGCGUGCCUACUUGGAGACGGCGCGUCACUUUUCGGAGGAGCCGCCACUGGCCGCCCAUGCCGCCUCGCUGGCCUCCCCGCCCGCCGCCUGCCCGCCCAAACAGCGCCAGCGUCUACGUCACCAGCAACAGCAGCAGCAACAGUUGCUUCAGUCGGAUACCGGUGAGCAGGAGCCGCCGGUUGCUGGCCAGGAUUGGUCCAAUUUGGAGGCAAAUGGCAGUGCCACGCCCAGCGAUGGCGUUGUCAACAAACAGGAGGCGGAGGGCGACGGCGAUGAGUCGCUACCGGCAGUGCUCACCACGGCCAGCAGCAGCGCCACCAAAAAGCUGGAGAAGAUUGGCGAGCGACGCGAACGCCAUGGCAAGCUACGACAUGCUCGUCGCCUCUAUGAGAAGUCUAACGAGGAUGAGGUUGAGCCACCCAAGGUGGAGCCCGAUGAACUGCCGCAGCCGCUGGAGGAGAUCGAGAAUGAGCAUCUGGUGGCGAAUAGGGCUGAGUCGCCACGUCCGACGGUCGUCAUACCAGCUAGUUUCGCCUGCAAAUACGAGGGUGGCGUGGCUGCCGGAGGCGGUGGCGCUGGUUCAGCCACUGGCUCUGGAUCCUCCUACUUGAUCAACGAACACGGCAUGCUGAUGGCCCACGAAUUUGCACCGAACGUGGCCAGUGCCGCCGCCACGGCAGCUGUGGCCGUCGCAGCAGCCGCCGCCGCAGUGGCAAAUGCCACAGCCGGAAGCGGAAAUGGAAGCGGUGGCCAGGAUGCAGGUGGCAGUGGAACUGCUGCUGCCGCCGACUAUCCCGACAUCAAGCUGGAGGACUUCGAUGCCGCCGAACUGCGACUGACCAACGAGGAGCUGUCGCAGUGGCAGGACGUCAUCAAGAUGGACGACUAUCUGGCCAAGGGGCGGCGUCCACAGUUCUGGGAGGAGCCAUUCACCAAGCGUGUGUUGGACGCCAUUAAAAACAAAAGACUCGAGAUGAAGAAGGCCGCCAGAAUUCUGGGCGUUUCCUAUGGCACUCUGUAUGGACGCUACCGCGAGGUCUAUGGCUGCCUAAAGCAUCCUUACAGUGGCACCGCCUUCCGGAACUCGGGAUCCAACUCGACAAGUCAGCUGGGAGUUCAGCCGCGCUUUGAUUUGGGAUUUCGCAAUGGGGGCGUCAUGCCAGCUCAGCUGGUCCAAACCAAUCCCUACUUGCAGAGCUGGGCAAGCUGAAGAAGGAUCUGAGCGAGCUAUGGACACGUCCGCAGAUUUGAGGACCAACCACCAAUGCAGAAGUAACCACAAAGAAACUGCAGAAAAGUCACAAACGACGCCACAGGCUGAUCUAGGAUCACGCAAGGAUAAAAAGACAGCUAGACGAGGCUAGUUUUGGAUGCCGAGUAAAGCUUUCCUCCUCAAUCGAUUCCGAUUCCCACAUUAAUGUGUUGUGCCCGUGCCCGUCGGCGGGUCGCAGCUAUAACUGAUCUUCUACACAUUUAGAAACUUAUUAUUACAUAAUAUAUAUAAUAUAAAUACAUGUCUAUAAAUACA